AUGGCGUCAGUGCUACUGCUCAGUGCCAUUGUAGCCAUGCUGAACCUAGCAUCUAUGUCAUCAGCGCAGCCUCACCACGGAUGCCAAACACAUUGUGGUGUUGUUGAGAUCCCCUACCCAUUUGGCAUUGGUAUUGGUUGCGCUAUCGAACAAGGCUUUGAGAUCAACUGCAGCAGGACUGCUGAUGGAACCGAGAGGCCAUUCAUAAAUGAAUGGGAGGUUCUAAGCAUCUCAGCAUCCAGUGGGCAAUCCCGAGUUUUAAUGUACAUCCCAACAUAUUGCUACAAUUCUAGUACAGGGGAAAUGGAUUCCUACCUUUGGGAUUUUAAUUUAGCUUGGCCGUAUCGAUUCUCGGACUCACACAAUAAGUUCAUAAGCAUUGGUUGCAACACAAUCGGAUACAUCUACAACACCGGAGAAUCAACAAGGUAUGCCACAGGUUGUGCGUCGGUGUGUGGGAGCCCGGAAGACCUGACAAAUGGCUCGUGCGUUGGUGUAGGCUGCUGCCAGAACACUGUCCCCAAGGGCUUAACGAGCUACUAUGUUUACUUCUAUGAUGUGGACUAUGUCAAUAGUUCCAACAGUUGGCACUUCAACAAAUGCAGCUAUGCCAUGGUGGUGGAGGCAGAGACGUUUGCUUUCAACUCUGAGUACAUAACCACGACGAGGUUCAAUGACACCUACAAGGGGCAGCAGCCAGUGGUGCUUGACUGGGCGAUUGUAGAUGAAACCUAUGUCGAUGAAUGUCAACAGAGUCCAAGCCCCUGCCCUGUGUCUGCAACUUGCCAUAACACAGUAGGAGGGUACCAUUGUUCAUGCCCUUUUGGCAGCAAGUUUGCAAAGGAAACAAACUCUUGCACAAACCAAUUUAUAGGGGUUGUUAUUGGAUUAAGUUGUGGUAUUGGAGUUCUGUUUAUUGUGGCAAUAUCGACUUUGCUGGUUCGGAGGUGGAAGAGAGGCGUUAAAAAUAGAGUUCGAAAAGUAAACUUCCUGAGAAACAAAGGACUCAUCUUGGAACAAUUGAUCUCAUCAGAUGAAAGUGCCACACAUAGCAGUAAAAUAUUUUCCUUGGAUGAGUUAGAAAAGGCAACGGACAAUUUUGACUGCACGCGGAUUCUAGGUCGUGGAGGGCAUGGUACUGUUUACAAGGGGAUUUUAUCAGAUCAGCGUGUGGUGGCCGUCAAGAAGUCCAAAAUGGUCGAUCAAACAGAGAUUGAUCAAUUCGUCAACGAGCUUGCAAUUUUGUCUCAGAUAAAUCACCGCAAUGUGGUAAAACUUUUUGGAUGUUGCCUUGAGUCAGAGGUCCCUUUGCUCGUGUAUGAGUUCAUCUCCAAUGGCACACUGUCUGAACUUCUUCAUGGUGACCACGUGAAUGCUAGAAGCAUGUUAACAUGGGAAGAUCGUAUCAGAAUUGCUAGCGAAGCCGCAAGUGCUCUUGCUUAUCUACAUUCCGCUGCUUCACUACCAAUCUUCCACAGAGAUGUAAAAUCUGCAAAUAUACUCUUGACCGAUAACUUCACUGCCAAGGUUGCAGACUUCGGCGCUUCUCGAUCGAUCUCCAUCGAUGAAACUCGUGUGGUCACGACAGUCCAGGGCACAUUUGGAUACUUGGAUCCUGAGUAUUACCACACAGGCCAACUAACCGAGAAGAGUGAUGUUUAUGGUUUUGGUGUGAUAAUCGUCGAGCUCCUAACAAGGAAGAAGCCAAUAUUCCUCACUUCCCGUGGUGAAAAGCAAAAUUUAUGCCAUUACUUCGUCCAAAGGCUACAAAAUAACACUGUGAUAGAGAUCAUCGAUUGUCAAAUAAUGGAGGAAGGUAACGAGAGACAGAUCAUUGAGAUGGCUUCCCUUGCAAGCGCAUGCUUGAGGCUCAGAGGAGAAGAGAGGCCUACCAUGAAAGAAGUGGAGCUAAGGCUGCAGCUCCUCAGAGGCAAGAUAGUACUGAAAAAAAACUACGAGUUAGAGGGGGAGAAUGAAGCCGUGCCAUUGUUGCCAUCAUAUUAUUCCAGCACUAGUUCCGGUACACGGCACGGCGAGUUCUUCUCGGCUGCUAAUUCGUCAAGUCUCGGUGUCACGCGCUGCUACACUAUGGAGCAAGAGCUUGUAUCUUGGACCGACCUGCCCCGCUAA